GCAUUGGCCCCGGGUCGAGAUUAAGCUGGAAACGCGAAGAUUUUCCUUUUUCGUAAUGAGGGCAUAGGGUUAUUUUUAAUAUUUGCUUAGGAAAGCACGUGUUGUCACUGGCUUUGCAUUUUCCCUGUCAUAAUAAAUGAUGCGUGGCCGAGGCUAUUGAAGUGUUCUAAAAACUGGAUGUGCCCAGGAUGCUGUAGUCUUGUCAGUUUAAGUGACUUUUGGAUAUUUAAAAUUUUUGUAAGGACUUGCAAAAUUCUAGCAUGAGACAAGUAAUGAAUUUAUGUAGGAUUUCAGCAUGAGUAUUGACGUAAUCAGAUUUCAGUGGUUGGCACAGCCUUGCAAACAAAUGGCCACUUGUCCACGUGCUUGAGGUCUUAACUAUUCAUUUUGAGCGAGUUCUCUAGGAUCAGCUGACUGCUGAUUAUAAUUCAUACUAGGCCAUGUAGAGGUUGUAUCCUUAAUUGAUAAGCAGAGAUUAGAGGUAACGUUUAACAUCCUACCCCUUAGCCAGCUUUCUCUGCUUCUUUGUGGAUCAUUCUGUUAAAAUUAAACUCACCUCUGUCUGGAUGAAGAGCAUUGCUUGGUACAUAACAUAAAAGCUUUAUUUCUAGUAGUAACACAUAUUCGUUUAUAUAUAUUAUAUAUACAUAAUCACGUGCAUAAAUUUGUAACUGUUUAGUAUGAUUACAGAGUUGGAAAAUUAGGAACGAUAAUAAUGUGCAAUGUUGAGUACUGAUUGCUUGCCAGGCCUUUGCCAAAUGGUCUACAUGCUUUAUCUCAUUUAAUCUUCCGGAUAACUUUUUGCAUAAACAUAGGUUGCUUAGAAAUACUUGAGUACACGAGUUUGAUUUGAACGUGCCCAAAUGCGGAAUAUGUACAUUAAUUGCUUCUGUUUCUGUUUUUUGUAAAAUAAGGGUGUGGGCAAUAUAAAAUGACUCAUAGAGUAAUUUAAUGUGUUUUUCAAGUUGGAAGAAGGCUUUGCAUUUGCACAGAACUGCAAUUAGUCCCUUUAUUGGGGUAUUCAAUAGUUUCCAAAGCCCUGUGUCUCUUUAUCAGAGUUCCCAUUACAUGUCAUUGUCACCCAAUGAACAGGCUAUGCUUGGAUGUUGGAAAAAAGUAAAUGUUGGGAAAGCCUUAAUGGUCCCUUCUGAAAGGUGCCCUUUUUCCAUAUAUAGUUUCUAAGCAACAUUCCUAAUUAAGGGUUAACGAAUGACAGUCAAACAGGAACGUGAUUUUGCAGUACCAAACCAAGGAAAUAAAAAACUGAGUUGGCUGUUACUUUGUUGAUGAGUCUAACUUUCAUGGGUAUGUAGAUGUUGAGAAUGUUAAGUAAUCUACGUUGUAGGGGUUCUACCUUACUUUUCAGUUUGCCUUUACAUGUCUUAAACAUAUUUGAGUCCAGUACUUUGUGCAUGAAGAAGUUAAGUUUUUGACUGGAUUUAAUUGAGUAGUUUUGACUUCCUUAAUCAAGAAAUUUAUUCUGUGUUUCCAAAGGUACAAUGUAAUAAUUUAUGUGGGCGUAACAAUGACGAGAAUGAUGGUGGGAUCCAGCAGUUUGCAUCUUGGGAGAGUAGGAUCGGGUGAGAGGCCUGCAGAGGAUGAGCGAAGCGCUUGGAAAUGUGUCAUAUUUGUGAUUAGAGCGUAUUAGACUUAACGCAUCUUCAGAUAGUGGUCCAUCAUCGCAGAAGAAAGGAGUGAGAAUGCUUUGCCAGUCGGUAUUUAUAAGAGGGUUCCUUUACCUGAAGGCGUUCUCUUCUGGGAGGAGAUGAGGGGACAGAUGUAGGCAGAAAAAGAUGCAUGUGUUAACACUUCCACCCAUCGUGACUAACUGAUUCCUGCCAACACAUGCAUCUUCAGGCAUUUUUCUAGUAGAUAUUUGAUAUCUGUGGGCAGCCACUAGUAGAAGAAGAAGGGAAAAGGGCGGGAGGAGACAAAGCACAGGGCUUUAAUGAAUAGGCUUUCAUUUGGGCAAGAUUGAGCAGCUGAGCCUCCGCAGCCUCUAUUACGAAAACUGUUCCAGUAAUACUGUGUGUGUCUGUAAAUCUCUUAUAUGUUAUUUGUAUCCAGAAAUAUGGAGAAUAUCUCUUUAAUGUGCUUCAUAAGCAAUGGAAGAUAUUUAGAAUACAGUACAUGAAAAGUUAUUAAUUUCUGUAUGUUUGCCAUUGUUGGAAGCGGAGUGACUGUAAUGCCAGCAUUGGCUCCUGUUCACGAGACAUUUAAGGGAUGUUGUGUUUCAUCGGGUUGGAGGACAGGCCCUUCUUCCUUACUUCAGAACUUGGCUCUCUCGUGGAGUGAGUGCCCUUUUAGGUCCCAGGGUGCAGGGGCCGUUUCUGGGUCCCUCAUGGCCGUAUUCCAAGAGCCAAGGACAGAGGCCGGCCUACAGAAGGUGUGCAGUAAAUAUCUGUGGAAUGAGCAGAUAUGCUGGAAUCCUCUCUCUGUUCCCACCUGUUGUGGAAAUCCAAGUCACCUAUAGGGGCAGGGCCACUGCAGGCUUGCCCUCUCCAGAGUCCCAGCUCACAGUGAGCCCUUUGAAUGGUAGCUGUUUAAACCACAUACUUUGGCGUUUAAUCUUUUGUGCCUUUAUAUUGUUGCAUGACCAUUUCCUGUGUUUUGUUUCCCCACCCAAAAUACAGGCUACUCGAGGGCAGGGAAUACAUGUUUACACAGGUCUGUGUUUGAGAAAUUCCUUGUUCAUCCAGUAUAAUAAUUUGUACCGAGUAGGUUUAUUUUUACCUAUUGAGUGAAUAUUAGGUGCCAUGGGGGGAACAUCAGAAAUAUUCAAAAUGUGGUCCCAGUCCUCAAGUAGGUAGUAUUUCAGUUGGGCAAACAUCGUGUACACACGUGGAACAAUAAGAGAAUUUGGAGUUACAUAAAGCAAAUAAUGAUAGCUAACAUUGAUGUAGUGCUUACAAUGUGCUUUUACAUGUAAACGUAUUCGACUCUCACAACAGUCCUUUGACGUAGGUACAGUUAUAAUCCCACUUUUAACAUGAGGAAGCUGAGGCACAGGGAGGUAAUUAAGUCACCUGCCCGAGACCACAAAGUGAGUAGUAAGCAGGGAGGUGGCAUAUGAACCCAGGCAGCCUGGCUCUUGAAUCAGUGUGGGUUCUCUGGGGAGUUUUACUUUAUCAAAGACAGAAAAGAGAGCUAAAAGUUGACCCUAGUUUCUCAGCUGUAAAGGAAGCUCUUUAAAAAUUUCAAAGUAGCAUACAUGGUGGCAAUGACUUUGAGCUGCAGAAACAAUGCUGGAUUUUCCAGGCAGAAGAGGUUGAUAACAAAAUGGUUGAGGGGACUGUAUUUUGAAAUGACUGAAGGCAAGAGGAGAAAAACGAAAUUUUGAACCUCAAAGCCGAGGGAGACUAGGACUCUUGGUAGGUGUUGAAUUCUAGGACAGUGAUUCACCAGGACAAAGGGCAGUGACUGUUUAAGGUACUAAUUCAGUGUCAAAUAACUCAUGUGAAAGAACCCCUAGUGAAUGUAAUUUACCAGGAUGGGAGCAUUACUAAAGGCUUCCGGUGCCCAUCUGUCCGUUUGCCUUGUCCUUUUGUGAAAUCUUGACCCACUUUUUCAGCUUGUCUUGGACAGUAGAACACACUCUUGGGGCCCGGAGGCCUCUUCCAACCAAGUAAUAUUCAUUUGGUGGAAAAACACUUAACGGCACUGUUGGUUUGGGACAAACCUGGAGUGAGGUCACUUUGAAGCCAUGUGGACUUGGAUGAGGGCCUGCAAACAAAAUCCAGCAAGAUGAGGGAAAGUGGUUUACUCUGAAAGCCCAGUUUUGUAUCCCUUUAGUCGGGAGCUGACAAUAUUAUUCUGGGGGUGUUGGGCACCAACAGAGCCCAUUGAAUCCACAUGACUCGGCCGAUAGGGGAGCACACACGUCACCAUACCCGCUGUCCAGGAAUCAGAGGAGGAGGUGCCCUGGAGUGAAGCCUGGGCCACAGCCCCGGUUAGCAGCUCUGCAGGCAUCUUACCUUGGAAACAGCACAGCUUGGCUUCCGUGUCAUCGCUGAGUUCAGAGAAUCCUAGUUUCACCGUGUCCUCAGUAGAGACCAGAGAACCAGAUGGAAAUGAAGGAUGAUCUCUGUGUUCUGUUUUCAGUUAUGUAGGAGUCCAGAAUAAGGGGGAGAUCUCACAGCUUCCCCAGACUGGGAAGGAAAAUAUGGAAUGUGUUUUACCGCUGACUGAACACAACCCAAUGAACUGUCCUGACAGUAGUUUGAAAACCAGCAGCUAGCAGUUUGUGCAGCUCCAGCAUCAUCCGGCACUUUCCAGAGCAGACUCACUGUUGACGAGAACUCUCGGCCUGACGACGUUUGAACCUCAAGCUCAGCAGCUUUCAAAUACUUCUGCAAAAGAAGAGUACCCGGAACCCCCUUUCCAAAAUGGCCGCAGAUGAGUAUCUGUGGAUGGUCAUCUUGGGUUUUUUCAUAGCUUUUAUCUUGGCAUUUUCCGUGGGUGCCAAUGAUGUUGCCAAUUCGUUUGGUACCGCCGUGGGCUCGGGCGUGGUGACCCUGAGGCAGGCCUGCAUCCUGGCUUCAAUCUUUGAAACCACCGGUUCGGUGUUACUGGGGGCCAAAGUCGGAGAGACCAUCCGGAAAGGCAUCAUUGACGUGAACCUGUACAACCACACUGUGGAGACGCUCAUGGCCGGGGAGGUCAGUGCCAUGGUCGGCUCCGCCGUCUGGCAGCUCAUUGCUUCCUUCCUGAGGCUCCCGAUCUCGGGGACUCACUGCAUUGUUGGGGCCACCAUUGGAUUCUCCCUCGUCGCAAUUGGUACAAAAGGUGUGCAGUGGAUGGAGCUGGUCAAGAUUGUUGCUUCUUGGUUUAUAUCUCCGCUGUUGUCUGGUUUCAUGUCUGGCGUGCUGUUUGUACUGAUCAGAAAGUUCAUCUUAAAAAAGGAGGACCCCGUUCCCAGCGGCCUCCGGGCGCUUCCCGUGUUCUAUGCCGCUACCAUCGCGAUCAAUGUGUUCUCCGUCAUGUACACAGGAGCCCCAGUGCUGGGCCUGGUCCUUCCCAUGUGGGCGAUUGUGCUCAUCUCCUUCGGGGUCGCGCUGCUGUUCGCCCUCUUCGUGUGGCUCUGUGUGUGUCCGUGGAUGCGGAGAAAGAUAGCAGGCAAAUUACAAAAAGAAAGUGCUUUAUCGCGAGUCUCUGAUGAAAGCCUCAACAAAAUUCAGGAAGCGGAGUCUCCAGUAUUUAAAGAGCUACCGGGUGCCAGGGCUCAUGACGACAGCACCGUCCCCCUCACCGGGUCGGUCGCAGAGCCAUCCGGAACCUCAGAAAGCACGACAGGGGGACACCACCCCCGCGUACCAUACGGCCGGGCGCUGUCCAUGACACACGGCGCCAAGUCACCCGUGUCUAACGGGACCUUCGGCUUCGACGGCCCGGCACGCGGCGACGGCCACGUGUAUCACACGGUGCACAAGGACUCGGGUCUCUACAAGGACCUGCUGCACCGCAUCCGCGACGAGCGGCCGGCGCCGGACGGGGCCCCGCGGCUGCUGCGGCGCAACAACAGCUACACGUGCUACACGGCGGCCAUCUGCGGGCUGCCCGGCCUGGCCACGCGCCGCGGCGACGCGCCCGCGCCCGAGGACAGCGAGAAGCUGGUGGCCGACGCCGUGGCUUACUCCCGCCGGCGGCUGCGCUACGACAGCUACUCCAGCUACUGCAACGCCGUGGCCGAGGCCGAGAUCGAGGCCGAGGAGGGCGGCGUGGAGGUGCGCCUGGCCACCCCGCUGGCCGAGCCCGAGCCGCCACGCGAUGACGCGGUGGACGACGAGAAGGAAGAGAAGGACUCGGCUGAGGUCCACCUGCUCUUCCACUUCCUGCAGGUCCUCACCGCCUGCUUCGGCUCCUUCGCGCACGGCGGCAACGACGUGAGUAAUGCCAUUGGUCCCCUGGUAGCUCUGUGGCUGAUUUAUGAACAAGGUGCGGUCCUACAAGAAGCAGUGACUCCCGUCUGGCUGCUGUUUUACGGAGGGGUUGGAAUUUGUACAGGCCUCUGGGUUUGGGGGAGAAGAGUGAUCCAGACCAUGGGGAAGGACCUCACCCCCAUCACGCCGUCCAGCGGCUUCACCAUCGAGCUGGCCUCAGCGUUCACCGUGGUCACCGCCUCCAACGUCGGGCUGCCCGUCAGCACCACGCACUGCAAGGUCGGUUCGGUGGUGGCCGUGGGCUGGAUUCGCUCGCGGAAGGCCGUGGACUGGCGCCUCUUCCGGAAUAUCUUUGUGGCCUGGUUCGUGACCGUGCCCGUAGCAGGGCUGUUCAGUGCUGCUGUCAUGGCUCUGCUCGUGUACGGGAUCCUUCCGUUCGUGUGACCGGUCCUCUUCCAGCCGGUAAACAAGGGAUGGGCCGGGCUGCGUGUGGGCGCUGCGUGCUGUCUCCCGCCAGCGCCUCCACGACCCUCUGUGAUGUUCCAAACCACACCGUCCACCUAGGUGUAGAGUCGUCCUCCAGAGCUAACUUGACUACUGUACAUAAUCAUGUGCACUAAACUGGUAUCGUGGUGAUAGAACAUGGUGCGGUUACUUAUAUAUUAAAUAUAUAUGGUAUGCAUAGAAUAAUAGGUAGUGCUAUUUCAGACAUACUCGAAAUGGGAGUGGAGACACUUGCCUAGAAUUCGAUAUUCAACAAAUCUUUGUACAUACUGAUUUCAGUGGCAAAUUUUAAGAACCUUUGAAAAGGAAAGUGUAGAUUGGAAAAUGGUAUUUUUUUCCCAUUUAAUAUACUGUAACGUAAGUGAGAUACAGGAUGGAUGAUACCCAUUUGGGAAGGUGUAUGUGUGUCAGUGUGCUACUGAAUACUGGAACAGGAGUUCACAAGUGCUUUCACUGAAGAAUUUGUUCAUAUACUGUGUAUUGAUUAUGUAAUAUAUCAUAAUUGCUUCUGUAAAUACUUAAAACUGUAAUUUUUUAAUGGUGUGCUUCCCUUAUCCUUUUUUGAUCAGAGAAGUUUGGAAAGUACCAAAGAAGCAGGGGAAUAGUUUGCCAGUAUUAUAUUUUCAUACUGUUUGUCUCCCCUUCUCACUAAUCCUACCAUUAGCCUGGGAUGCGGCAGGACCACCAUGCUCUGAGCUGCCCUGGAGCAGGGUGUAUGGUGAGGCACCAGCCCCCCGCGUGUGUGCACGUCCCACUUCCGGUCCCCCUCCCCGCCACCACGCUGCCACUGCUGCCCCGUGCCAGAUCUUGGCCCUUCGUUGUUGUCAGUGUAGAGAAGGUACAGCGGCGAGGACGCGUGAUUGAGCACUACAUAUCAAGUCCAGUUUAAAUUUCCGCCCCCUCCUCCCCUGCAGCCUGAAGGAUGGACCUCUAACCUCAGACACGGAGGCAAGUGCUCUGACAUUCUGGAAGCUCAGGAGUGGGGAGGGCUGAGCUGUUAGACAAUACACUGGACUUGACUUCCUUGAGGCCUUCACUAAGUGGAGCAGCACGAUGUUCUGCUGCAGCCCCACUGGCGUCUUCUUUUUCGAUAGCGGGAGGAAGUGUGACUAAUGCUAGAGCCUGAAACUAUGGAAAUGCUGCUAAAACUUUUAUAUUGACAAACAUUUUCUCGGUACUUCAUUGUGAUUUUUCAUUAAUCAAACAUAUUACAUUUAUAAUAAAAACAUGCCCCUCAAAAGUUUUGCCUCUGAAGUCUUU